AUGGAGCUGUUGACCAAGGCGCCCGUGGUGGACUGCUUCGGGAAGAUGCAGAAGCAGCAGCAACGAGAGUCCGUGCUGGACUCCCUCGUCGUGGGCGCGGAACACAUCAUCACUAUUUCAAUCACAAACCUGUCCUUAUUUUAUUAUCUCUGUACUAAGAAGUUGAAGCAUGCAGUUGCCAGUGAGAAAAUUCAAGGUGUCAUCCCUGGAACAAAUAGCUCAGCUCCACAGAAAUAUAAUUCAGAGAACAUCCAACAUGAGAACAAGAUAGUAUCCCAGAAUAUAAACAGUGCUGGUGACUGCAUUGGAGAUUGCAAAAACAGCUCCAACGCCUUUUCUUCAAGGGAAGAAAAUACAAUCGCUGAAACCAGAUGUCCAACGGAUAACUCGAACUCCUGUCAGUUUGCACUGAGCAAUGGUUCGCCCAUUCUCAAUAACCACAGUGCUCCACAGGAUAGCCUCACUUAUGGAGAUAAUGAUCUAAAGUACAUUGAUUGGCCUGGCAUUGACAAUUUUGAGGAUGUUGAUACAUUAUUCAGGAGAUCUGAUUUCACAUAUGAUCAACAGCAGCUGGAGAAUACAGAUGGGUUAUCUUGGCUUCCUUCUUCAAAUGUUGUUUAUUCUUCUUAUGUUGCUUUGCAGCAAGGGUUUGACUCGUCUUAUUCCGAUUAUGAUAUUCUAGAUGAUCUCUCAGCAUUCCAAUGUGCAAAAGAUAAAUCACUACCCUCAGUUGGUCCUUCAUCAGAUUUAUGUGAUAACCAAUUCAAUGAUACCUAUCUGUUCAGUGAGCAGAAGAAUGUGAAUGCAUAUGGUGAACAGAUAUACCAAGAGGAUGGGAUGGAGUUGUUGCCCACUGACCAGAUAUGCAGUGGACAUGAAAACAUUGAUAUGGGGAUUGAGAUGCUGUCAUUGGGAUCAUUUAAAACCGGAGCCAUUCUCUCGUUAUGGUCAGUGUGGCUAAAUCUUUUGAUGCUCUGAUAAAGCUUCUGUUUUCUACUGCGGAUGAUGCACGGCCAUUCUCCAUGCUUGGCCUUGGUGACAUUGUAAUACCUGGUU